CAAGAGGUCGCCUUUUCUCCAUACAAAAUUCUGCUUUAGAUUCUUUGAACUGCUCUAUCCAAUCUGCCUAAGACGGCACUCAUAGAAGGGAGUGCAUGUCCCAUCUUAUAUACCCUACUCCCCUCCCCUCCCUCUUUUAGUUACUUGUAUCAGCUCCCUCUCUCUCUCUCUCUCUCUCUCUAGAUCUCCCUAACUAUCUAAUAUGAUGGGCGAAGUGGACGAAGCAACAAGUAUCAAGUUGUUCGGCGCAGUGAUCCUCAAGGAAGACACACAAGCCAAGGAGAAGAAGGAGGCGAAGGACGAGACCGCGGCGGCCAGGGAGGCAGCGUCGGCCGUGGCGCUGCCGUGCCCGCGGUGCCAGAGCAAGGAGACCAAGUUUUGCUACUUCAACAACUACAACGUGAACCAGCCGCGGCACUUCUGCAGGGCCUGCCACCGCUACUGGACGGCCGGGGGCACGCUGCGCAACGUCCCAGUGGGCGCCGGCCGCCGUAAGAUGCGCCGCGCGCCCCACGCCGGCUCCACCCCGUCUGCCGGUGGCACCACCUGCGUCAUGGCGUACCCGUCCCCUUCGUACCUGGCCGAGCGGUGGCUCCUGCGCCAGCGCCCGGAGGUGCAGCCGAGGGCUGACUUCGCGACCUUCAAUCGUGGACUUUGUUGACUCGUUUCGGGUCGGUGGGUUGGACCGUCUGGAAACGGGACACGUCUUGCGAUUCCCAUGGAAAAGUGGUGCUUGUUAUUAUGCGACUCAUUUUCUAAAGCAUUUCUUGUCAUCAUCAUCAUCA